AUGGUGGUUCUUCAGACAGAAGAAGAGGCCUCCCAGGGCCUCUGUAGGGCUUGCCCCCCGGGGUCCCCUUGUAACUCGUUACGCUGCAGUGCCUCUAACUCCACAGAGCAAGGACCCUCUCAUCGCUUAUUAAAAUUGGCUUCCAGCGCUACGCGUGCAGGAGGAUCAGCAGCGUUGGGAGGGUCAUCGGCAGCACGGGAGGCAUCAGCGGAAGGGGAAAUGGGGUAUCACUUUGAGACCGACGAUUUUCAUUGGACAGCUCAGGGUAUUUCACACCCGCGGCGCCGCCGGCAGAUAUUGGCGAAAUAUCCGGAGAUAGAGGCCCUCAACGGGUACGAUCUGUAUGCGGGCGCGUAUGCGAUCGCCGUCACUUUGUUGAAUAUAUUCUUCUGCUACAAGAUUUCUCAGUGGCAAUUGUCAUGGCCUUGGGUCAUCUUCUUGACGUAUUGCAUCAGUGGAACCCUGAAUCAUGUGCUGUUCCUCUCGAUGCACGAAGCGUCACACUGUGCCCUCUUUCCCGGGAGGAUGCUUCACGAGCUCUACGUCGUCUUCUCGAACCUUUCUAUGGGGGUUCCCGCAGGUAUGGGGUUCCUACGUUACCAUUUAGACCACCAUGUCUAUAUGGGAACCGACAAACUUGACCCAGAUAUCCCGUCUAGGCUGGAAGCAAAGUUGUUCCGGUCUUGGCUGGGAAAGCUGGUGUUUGUGUUGCUCCUGCCAUUCACGUAUUCCCUUCGCCCCAUGAUUCGGAAUCCCAAGCCCAUAGUGCCAAUGGAGGCCUUCAACUGGGCCGCCAUACUGCUGUGGGAUAUGUACGUCUACCUUUACUGGGGUCCUAAGGCGCUCCUCUAUUUGGUCCUCGGCACCUUCUUCUCCAUGUCUAUUCAUCCCUUGAACGGCCAUCUCAUCGCGGAGCACUACCAGUUUCCUAGAGGGCAAGGUCUUCAAGAGACAUGGAGCUCAUACGGGCCCGAGAAUCUUAUUACCUUUUGUGCUGGGUAUCACAUAGAGCACCACGACUUCCCGAGAGUCCCUGGCUACCGAUUGCCAACGAUAAGGAAAAUCGCUUCGGAGUUUUAUGAUCUUCCUCAUCACAAAUCCUGGCUUGGCUGCGUCAUAGAGUUCAUCUGCAACCCCAAAGUCUCCCCGUACAGCAGGGUGAAGCGCAUUUGUCCGAGGGGCGGCAGAGUUCAACCGCCACACAAGCCCAUGUUAAAGGAACCGGAGGAGCUGGGAAGCUACUGGCUAGGUCCUACGAAGGAUCAGGCAGUCGAGAAGGAGCAAACUGACGCGAGCCAGGCCGAGAAGAAGCAUGCGUAG